ACAGUAGGAGCUCUAUCCCUAUUUCAUCACCAUCGGCGGGAGACAACAAGGGCAAAAUGGUCCUUGUCUUCUGCUAAAUUUCAAAUUGAUCACGCCAAUCGUGCCUCACAAGCCAGAAGACACACAGGCCACCUUCUCUCUCAGAAAAAUGGCAACCAUCCCGAUCGUCGAAUACACGCCAUUCUCCGAUCACAACGAGUUCACCGUCUACUUCUUCGGGACUCCCGUCGAAGUCACUGUUACGGCGACCCCCGCCGUGGUCCGUCGCUGGCUUCACACGGUCCGCUAUCGUUGCAGUCACUUUUAUCACAGGGGACGCCUAGUAGUAGGCCUCGGCGUCCAAUGGACACCGUUCUCAGGCCGAAACUCACCGGCGGACACUCUCCAACUAUGCAUUGGAAGGCGAUGCCUGAUCUUUCAACUUUGCAACGCCGACCGCGUCCCCCUCAGCCUCCGGCGGUUCCUGCGGGAUCCAGACAUCACAUUCGUCGGGUUCUGGAACAGUAUGGACGCAAGCAAACUGAGGGCUUCACGGCACGAUUUAAAGGUCCGUAGUCUGCUUGAUCUGAGGAAGCACGUGGAAACUGAUUUUGGAGAGAGCCUGGCAGGGGCUAGUGUAGAGAAGAUUGUGAAGGAGUUUUUAGGGUUUGAUGGAGUGAGAUUGGAAAGGGAGAUUAGCAUGAGUCGCUGGAAUGCUAAUGAGCUUAGUCGUGAACAGGUUUUGCAGGCUUGUGUUGAUGCUCAUGCGGCCUUUCUGAUUGGGAAAAACAUUAGGGCUUGGGAGAUUGAUGAAGAUGAAGAUACUGAUUCGUAUUCAUCUCUGGGUUUUUAGUCCUUAAUUUCACACUACAUUUUGCCGUUUUGGUUAUUUUGAACAGCUCUAUGAACCUUUUUGAACAGGAUUUAAUACUUUCCCACUACGUUUUGGUUAUUAUCAACAGCUUGGUGAACCCUUUUGGAUAGUUUUGUGAAUCCAUCAGCGAUUGAUGUAAAAGUAGACUAGAUUUUGCAUCUGUUCAUUUGAAAUUUGAAAAACUGUUAUCUUUUUAACUUUGAUUUGAGUCUAUUUGAGCUGUUGGUUACACUGAUCCUUAUUGUGAUUUCCCUCUUCCUUAUUGUUUCUGGUGAUGGAACUUGUACAAAGACUCUGAUUCCCUGA